GUUAGGAGCGAAGAGGUGAGAGACAGAGAGAGAUUGUAAAGAUGUGUGUGUAAAAAUCAGCAGUCCAUUUACAUGUAGACAUAAUUGACACAGCAUGCUAACAGACAAAUAAAGAAGCAUUCCACAAAAUUGGAAACACAUUUAAGCUGAAUUAUUACUAUAACAAGCAAUGUAAAUCAAUAUUGAAAAUAAUAAAAAACAAUUAUAAAAACCAAUGACUGCAUAUAGUUUAGUUCCAAUAUUAAACAUCCAGACUGAUGGUAAAAUAUCUUAAGCAACGACAUGCUAUUUAAGAUGUUAUGUCAGAAGACAAACAAGCAAAUGUUCCAUUUGUCCUAUAAUGAAACACUGGGAAUUAGAGUUUUUCUCAGUGAGUUGAUUCCCCCAUGUGAUGAAUGCAGCCGAAACCAAGGAACCAAUAGUAUGCAGAUGAAAACAAGGAACCAAUAGCAGGGGACCCAGUAGUACCUGUGACCCAUCACCUUCACUAAAGAUACUGGUCAAAAAGUUGCAGAAGGCAGACAAAGAGUUUUGCUAGAGGGAGACAAGCAUAAGCAUAAAAUCCUCACACCCCCACCAACAUCAUGUUUAGACUAUUGAUCUCUAGGAGAGUCCCACCACCAACAUAAUGUUUAGACUAUUGAUCUCUAGGAGAAGUCCCACCACCAACAUAAUGUUUAGACUAUUGAUCUCUAGGAGAAGUCCCACCACCAACAUAAUGUUUAGACUAUUGAUCUCUAGGAGAGGUCCCACCACCAACAUCAUGUUUAGACUAUUGAUCUCUAGGAGAAGUCCCACACCAAACAUCAUGUUUAGACUAUCAAUCUCUAGGAGAAGUCCCACCACCAACAUCAUGUUUAGACUAUCGAUCUCUAGAAGUCCCACCACCAACAUCAUGUUUAGACUAUUGAUCUCUAGGAGAAGUCCCACCACCAACAUCAUGUUUAGACUAUUGAUCUCUAGGAGAAGUCCCACCACCAACAUCAUGUUUAGACUAUUGAUCUCUAGAAGUCCCACCACCAACAUCAUGUUUAGACUAUUGAUCUCUAGAAGUCCCACCACCAACAUCAUGUUUAGACUAUUGAUCUCUAGGAGAAGUUCCACCACCAACAUCAUGUUUAGACUUUCGAUCUCUAGAAGUCCCACCACCAACAUAAUGUUUAGACUAUCGAUCUCUAGGAGAAGUCCCACCACCAACAUCAUGUUUAGACUAUCGAUCUCUAGAAGUCCCACCACCAACAUCAUGUUUAGACUAUCGAUCUCUAGGAGAAGUUCCACCACCAACAUCAUGUUUAGACUUUCGAUCUCUAGAAGUCCCACCACCAACAUCAUGUUUAGACUAUUGAUCUCUAGGAGAAGUUCCACCACCAACAUCAUGUUUAGACUUUCGAUCUCUAGAAGUCCCACCACCAACAUCAUGUUUAGACUAUCGAUCUCUAGGAGAAGUCCCACCACCAACAUCAUGUUUAGACUAUCGAUCUCUAGGAGAAGUCCCACCACCAACAUCAUGUUUAGACUAUUGAUCUCUAGGAGAAGUCCCACCACCAACAUCAUGUUUAGACUAUUGAUCUCUAGGAGAAGUCCCACACCAAACAGCACCAAAUAAACAAGGUCAAAGUGAAAAUAGCUAUAUAUUUAAGAUUUAGAGGUGGGAUAGUAUGGGUGUAUUUGA